AUGGGACCAAAACGAGCAGACAACAUUAGUAAAGGAAGUAAAAUAUCAUUAAGUGGCCCUAGUGUAUUAGGUAUAACCGGUGCUGGAUCAGUACCAGAGCAAGAGACUCAGCAGUUUGUUGGUAAAUUUGCUGCUGAUUUAGAACAAUGCUGUCGCGAACCAUCUUUAACUUAUCCUAUAACUAUUCCUGUUUACAUUCGCGGUAAUCCAACACAAUCCGCACAAAUUCAAUCUGCUACAUCCCAAAGUCAACAGCAGCAGCAACAACAACAACAACAAUCGCAAACAGUAGCACCAUCUGGAGCGUCAGUUACUCCAUCAGUAGUUGCUGGUGGUCUUGCUGAAGAGCAACUAUCAACAAUAGGAAAGAAAACAUCUCGCGCAAGAGUGCCCUCUGUUAGUCAAAGUGGAAUUUUAAUAGGAAUAACAGGCGCCGAUAGUGACAACAGAUCCUUUAGUGUUGCAGGACAAGAACAAUCCAAAGUUCCUUCACCGUCCUAUAAAAGUUUUCAUCUUAUUCCAGAUAGUGAGUUCUAUCGACCUAAAUUAUUGGCAGAUUCAGCCAACAAUGAAACAGAAUCCAUCGAUCAAAUAACAGCUCUUUAUAUGCGAUCUUGGAAACUUGACCAACGUUUUAUUGAUAUUUUGAAAAAAAUUCUACCUUUACAAGAACAACUGCAUACACUUGAUUUCUGUUAUGUUGGUCUUAAUGACAAGACUAUUUAUGGAUUAGUUGAGUUAUGUCAAGUAAUAAAAAAUUUGAAGAAUAUUUCUCUCGAUGGAAAUCCGAUAGCAGCAGAAUGUUUUCAUCUUUUAAUUGAAAAAGAUGACUCAAAAAUUAGUCAAUUAUCUCUUCGUUAUUGUAAUAUUACUGAUAAAGGUGUUGAACGAAUUGCUCGUGCUCUUGGUAACAUUUCAAGACAAAAUUGGAAAUUGCUAACACUUAAUUUAAGUGGAAAUCGAAUUGGUGAUAUUGGUGCUCAAUCUUUAGCAGCAGCAUUACGUUAUAACAGAACAUUAAUAUCUCUCAAUCUUUCAUCGAAUUUCAUUAAUGAUAAAGGUGCUCUUCCCUUGGCAUUAGUUCUUCGAAGAAUUGUACUGACACCAGAAGAAAUCAUUCAACGUCGACGUAUAAUACUUAAACGUUAUGCUGAAACACAUCUAGAUGAAUUUCGAGUUCAUACUAAUUCACCGACUCCUUCAAAUGUAUCAACAAAAAGUAAAUCAGGACGAACUAGUCGUGGCGAUUUUAAACGUGUGGCAGAUCCAAAUAAACGAAAAAUAAAUACAGGAAGAACCUCACAAAAUGUAGAAAAACGCAAUCGCAAUGAAUCUGAUGAAAAUCGUCCACCAUCAGAAAACAAAGGUGAUUUAAGACGAGGACGAAACGAAGGUAGUAGUGGACGCUCAUCAGUGCUCAAUGCAUCUCCAGCAACCGGUAGUACAUCUCGUCGUACAACUGCUAGUACAUCAAAUGCAAGUAACAAAGAUUCAGAUCAGUCUAAAACACCUGGUCCUUCACGUAUAAGAAAAGUAGCAACUACUGCUAAUGUAACAACAAAAAAGAAUAUUUCAAUAGUCAAAGAAGAAGAUGAAGAUGCAGCCGAACAAUCAGUAUUGUUACCGAUUCAAGGAAACGAACGUGAAAAUCCAUUACUUGAAACAAAUGAAUUUGAAUCACAAGAUGGUGAAAUGUGGUUGAGAGGAAACUUCGUUCUUCUAAGCUUAAAUUUAUCACGAAAUUAUCUAACAAUAGAUAGUGUUCGAGAAUUUCUUCUUUCACUUGAACAACAAUCGGCAUUUACAAAUGCCAAUGAUAUAUUCAAUUUAUCUUCAACAGCAACAGCUCCAUUAAUGAACUUUUCUGGUCUUUGUCGGCUUGAAUUAAAGGGUAUGAAUGAUAUUUCGACGAAAUCAUCUGAAUAUCAAUCCAUAGAAAUAUUACUGACGCAAAAAAGUCCUUUGCUACGUUUUCAACAACUAAGAGAACGUGAACCAAAAGAAUCGUUCGAUUUACAAUCAAUUCAACAAUUGCAACAGUCAAUAUCAGAGAAAACAGCAAAUACAUUAGAAAAGCCGCGAACAGGGUCGAGCUCUAAGCCUACAAAUCAACGACCAACAUCUCGAUUGAAAGAAUAA